AUGUGCAAUGACCUCACUCCGCGCCACAUCAAAUACUGGCCAAACACAACCCUCUGGGCCCAACACAUCCAAUCGAUUCAUGCCACCAGCUAUCAGCCAUCACAAAACCCUCGAGCAAGACCCUUAAAGGCAAAAUGGAUUCCACUUCCAUUUCCAGUUCCCCAAUUACCAAGACGACCUUAUACCCUCCCAAGCGUCGUUGUUUAUGCUUUACCCGACAUAAACAUUCAACUCCAAGAAAUCAACAGAGCAUUAAAUAGCGUCAUGGCGGAUCCCUUCAUCGGAAUAGGCCUCAACCUGGCCGAUACACUCAUCGACAAGCACUUCGAUAAAAUCCCCGACAAACUCAUGCCAUUCAAAACCGACAAGCCGAAAUCUCCAACAGAGAGUCCAGAUGCCCGUCGUUCAAAAACAGGCAGGUCGACCCAUCCACCAACCUCAAACUGGGAUUUAGAUAUAGAAGACAAACCGGGUUCCGCAAGAGAUACCCCCCCACGCUCCGGAUAUGCUUCGCCUCAUCAUCAACCUUCUCCGUAUGGGAUACCUCCACAAUAUAGUGGACAACCGUCACGUCAAAGACCGAGAUACACUCCUCAACAUGAACAGCACCGCUAUUUGCCUUCACCACCCCAGCAAUUCCAAGACCGAGGCCGGGAUCGUUAUCCAUACGGCCAUAAUCAGAGCCCCUAUCCGCGCAGACCAAACCCCGCCCUCCACCGGAGCAGCUCCUACGAAGUCCCACGCAGUCGAAAUCUAGGUCGUCAUAGCGACAAGUCUCCAACAAGCUCCUAUCGCACCCACAGGCCAAAAGUCCUUUCCCGACGUAGCAAUUCCUACCAUGGUCGAGACCGCCUCGACCGUGUUGCAGAGGAGCACUCUAAGCGCGACAACCCUCCCAGGCGCGAUAGGUCCCUUACCUCUUCAACAAGCCGAACCCAUCGACACACGUCCAAAGAUGGAGAUGAUAAAACACAUGGUGAAUAUUUCACAAGCAGCAAAGCAGGUCUAGCUGGCAGUGCUUUGGGGGCCGCUUUGGGAGGCUGGGCUGUGCAUAAGGCGCAGGGCCAUGUCCAAAAGAAUAAAAAUACUGGAGAGGGGGAUAGCAAAAUGCCGGCGCUUUUAGGUGCUGCAGUCGGCGGAUUGGCUGCGAAUGCUGUUGUUGAACACUUAGAGCAGGGCACUGGAAGAUUGGAAAUUAAAGAUGUACGUAAUAUCUAG